UUUUAUAGUCCAAACCAUUUUUAGAGCUCCAAAUUAAACUCUAAGCUUUAGAGCUCUCUUCUAUGGACUGGUCUAGGGGUCCCACCGUCGGCCGGGGUGCCACCGCCACUGUUUCAAUUGCCCGUGAUUGCCGGUCCGGUCGCUUGUUCGCUGUCAAGUCGGCGGAGCUGAACCGAUCGGAGUUGCUUCAAAGGGAACAGAAAAUUCUGUCCACAUUGAAAUCUGCUCACAUUGUAGCGUACCAAGGUUUUGACAUUACGUCGGAGAGAAACGUACUUUGGUACAAUCUGUUCAUGGAGUAUGCACCUUAUGGUACGCUAGCCGACAUGACUCGCCGGCGAGACGGACUAGAUGAGGCAGUGGUUCGAACCUAUGCGCGCCAAAUCUUGCUGGGGCUUGACCAUCUUCAUUCAAAUGGCAUAGUGCAUUGUGAUAUUAAAGGUAAGAAUGUUUUGAUCACGGAGGAAGGGGCUAAAAUCGCAGACUUGGGUUGUGCUCGGAGGGGCGCUGAUGCGGUGGAUUGCGGCGGGUUGGUUGCCGGUACACCGUUGUUCAUGGCGCCAGAGGUGGCGCGUGGGGAGCAACAGGGUUUCGCUGCCGACGUGUGGUCUCUGGGGUGUACUGUGUUGGAGAUGAUCACCGGGAAGGCUCCCUGGCCAGAUGUAGCCGACCCGCUAAGUGCGGUUUAUCGGAUCGGGUUCUCAGGCGAUGUGCCAGAGAUUCCAGGGUUCAUGUCGGAGAAAGGGAGGGACUUCGUGAGCAAGUGUCUGAAGAGAGACCCGAAUGAGAGGUGGUCCGUGGCCGAGCUCCUCAGGCACGCGUUUGUGGAAGAAUCAACUUCAUCUAAAUCAUCCAUGGAAGAAUUUGAAAGCUCUAAGCUGGAUACUCCGACGAGUGUAAUAGAUGGAUCCAUUUGGGAUUCGUGGGAGACCACCCAAGACCCGACCCGUGUUCGUUCCAGCAAUCCUGGCAGAGACCGGAUCCGUAGGUUGUGUGCAGAAGCUACGACGUCGUUUGAUUGCAAUGAGCCCAACUGGGGAUGGGAUGAUGAAGAGUGGGUCACAGUGAGAAAUAGCAAUGAGACAAGUGAGAAUUACAAUGUUGACCUAGGACAUGAGGGAAGUUUAGUGCACUGUUAUGAACCCAAAACGGUAAUUACAAUUGGGUUGUGGCUAUGUAAUAAUGUGAAUUGUAAGGUUUGUUGUAAUGGCAGCAACUACAUUAGUUGUAACAAAGGAUUAAUGUUAGGCUAUGAUGAUUGGUCAUAUGUAAGGAUGAUUGUUCUCAAGAGGGAAAUUGAAUCUCAAAAUAAGGAAAGAAUUUUUCACGGUUUGCUUCUGUCUCUCACUCUAUAG